CUUGGGCUUCUUCUACGCUCUGCCUCCCUCAGUCCGUCCACCGUGUAGUUUGAUUCAGGUUUGGGGAUAUAUCCUUAUACCCAGAGGAGGAGAAAGUCUCAAACUUUAGCAUAAAGGAGAGAGGGAGACCAUAAUGAACAAGAGGAAAAACUGGAAGCUUGUUCCCGUUAAUGGAAUGACGCAAAAGAAGAUGAAGCCGCGUGCUUCAGGGACGAAUCUUGCUCUGUUCAAGAGAGACAUCGAUGAACUCAUAGAUGAGUUUGUGGAGGGUGAUUUGACAACGUUUGGUGAUAUGAAGAGGGUGUGGCUAUCUCGAAAGUUUUCUUACAUAUAUGAAGCCUUCCCUAACACCAACUUAGCAUUUUUCAUCCAGUCACUAUAUGCUCAUACCAUUGGUCACAUGGUUAGCAUUGAUUCUUUUUCACGGAGGCUUGGAGGUCUUUACUGUCUCUAUUGCCUUCAUGACAUCCAGCCUUUUAAACCCAAGUUCCGGAUUUAUAUCUCACUUCAGGAGCUUGGGAAAUUUAGGGAUCUUAUAGUGGAGGCAAAAGAGAAAGGUGUAGAGAUAGCUACUGCUGUGGGGAAAAAAAUGCUUGAUAAAAACGUGUUUAUAUUUGGAGCUGUGGACUUUGAUGAAACGUCUACAACCGAGAAACUUCAUCAAUCGAUUGAGCUACAGAACAGACUUGUGCGGUGUGCUUACAAAAAGUUAACCUCUGAAACCGAGAUUGACAAGUUUAUUCAUUUGGAUAUGGGUAAAGAAGUUGAUUUGAGCUCCAUACAUAAACAGUCUAUAGAGUAUGCAGAAGCCAAGAAGCGCGCAGUGAAAAGUGCAGGAGAGAUAGUGGAGAUUGGGGACAUAAAGCACAUAGCGGAAGAGAAAGAGUUGAUGGGAGAUAAGGUUGAGAAACUGAAAGAGGAAUGGGAUUCACAAAAACUUUCAUUUUGUGAAAGAACCAAGUUUGACGGUCUUGAUACGACACAGAAACUUCUGAAAGAUGUUGAACAUGAUGAUGAUGGAGAUGAAGAUGAAGAUGAUGGGUUUGGUGAGCUUGACCGCUUACUUUCCGACAGCUGAUUUGGACAUUGCACUCAACCAGUGAGAAGCUUUUAUGGAUUACUGCUAAUGAAAAAGCCCUCUAUAGACAUGUCAUUUGCAUGUAAAUUUUGAUUUGAUUAGACUUCAGAUCAAAUGUUUUAUCUUAUGGCUCUGAAUUUUUAUCAGAUUCAGGAGCUACAACACUGAUCUCUUUAAAUGAAGAGAGCAAGAUGCUGAUUAGGAGAAUAGAUUAGUUAGUUUGCUUGUGAACUCAGUAUCUAACAAUUGGGAGUAAUGUUGCUUUUUUCUUAAUAAAUGAAAAUAUAUUUUUGUCA